UCUACGAGAAAACUGUAUCCGUUAGUAUGGUCUCAAUGGGCCGGUUUACCACGGGAGAGAUCGUGAACUUCAUGAACACAGACGCUGAGGGGGUGGCAAACUUUCUUCCCGGGUUUACCCAUCUCUGGAAUUUACCUUUUGAGGUUGUUGUGUGCAUGAUCCUCCUCUACCAACAAAUCGGCGUGGCAAGUUUAGUGAACCUUGGCAUUGGCAUGGCAGUCAUGCCGAUGCAAUGGUGGCUGUUGAAGAAGAACAGAGCCCUUCACAAGAAAAGCAUGGAAUUGAAAGACAAUAGAGUCAAGAUCAUGAAUGAAGUUUUGAACGGUAUCCGUGUCAUCAAAUUCUAUGCCCUGGAAGACACUUUCGUCGACAAAGUCAACCGUGUGCGCUCUGCCGAAAUGGAGAACCUGAGAGAACGCAAAUACAUCGGGGCAUUUGAACAUUUUUUGUGGGUGGCUAUGCCUGCCGUUGUUGCCUUUGGAUCAUUCACACUGUAUGCUCUCAUGGGGAAUACCCUCACUGCUGCCAAGGUUUUCCCUAGCUUAGCCCUCAACUUCAUGAUCGCAGGUCCCUGUUGCCACAUCCCGCAUGUUUUGAAUAUGGUCACCGAAGCGCGGGUGUCGUUAAAGAGGCUGCAAGAUUUCAUGGACCUCGACGAGCAGGAGCUCUCCUCAUACUAUACCAGCGGACCGGAGAGUAGAGAUGAUUCUCCUGCUGUGAAGAUCAACAAAGCUACGCUUUCUUGGCGGCGACAUGACGAGACUGAUUCUAAUCUAAAGGACAAAGAUGAGCUACUUUCUGCUGAGCAUAGGACACAGAAGUUAGAAGAUGUGGAAAUAAGUGUCGAGAGGGGUCAGCUAGUCGGAAUCGUUGGUAAAGUUGGUUCAGGCAAAAGUUCCUUGCUUGCCGGUAUCCUCGCAGAGAUGAGUCUGGAGAAAGGCUCCGUUGAGGUUGCCAACGUUGAUGACGGCUUUGGUUACACCAGCCAGGAGGCAUGGAUACAACAAGGCACUGUACGGGAGAAUAUCCUCUCCGGGAUGCGCUAUGAGGCCACCAGAUAUCAGGCGGUGAUCGAAGGAUGCGCCUUAGCUGAGGACCUUCAGACUCUACCGGCCGGAGAUAAAACAGAGAUAGGUGAAAAUGGCGUGAACCUCAGUGGUGGUCAGAAAGCUCGUGUGGGACUGGCUAGAGCAGUCUAUCAGGACAAGGAUAUCUAUCUACUCGACGAUCCAUUCGCUGCUGUCGACAUCCAUGUAGCGCAACACAUAUUCUCCCGUUGCAUCAUGGGAAUUCUACGCCACAGAACGCGGAUACUGUGCACACAUCAAACACAUUUGUUGGACCGUGCUGACCUCAUCCUAGUGUUAGAUGAAGGACGGAUUGUUGAAGCCGGUCCGCCAAAUAAAAUCCUCGGCACCCCGAGUUUUCGACGUCUCCAUUCUUACGACAGAUCAAGCUCCAUUGAUGAGACGAAGAAAGACAGCGGCGAGGAUGCCUGCGAGAAAAAUGAAUCAAGGGGCACACUGGUUGACGACGAAGACCAAAAACUUGGCGCUGUGCAGUUCCAUGUUUAUCAGUCAUACAUGAACGCACUUGGGUUAGGAAUGGUGGCCGUGAUUUUCUUGACCAUCAUCUUGGUGCAAGUCUCCGAACAGCUUAGCGACUGGUGGAUAUCGCACUGGGUUUCUUGUACGGUGCAGCAGAAGGCAAGUCAUAAUAAUAUGGGAUUAAAGGAAAAACUUGUCCAUAACGAAACAUCGGCCAACAGCUCAGAAUCAGCCGGUGGUAACCUGUUUUUCUACGUUGUGGUGUACGGAUGUCUGACGUUGGGCAAUUCCUUUUUCACUUUGUUGCGAAUGAUCCUUGUCGCCAUUGCCGGACAGCGUGCAGCCGAGAAGAUCCACAGUAAACUGCUUGGGAGUAUUCUCCAGGCGCCUGUUUCAUUCUUCGACACGACUCCUAUCGGUAGGAUACUAAACCGUUUCUCUUCGGAUGUAGAAACUAUCGACAACGGACUUUCCGAAUUGCUGAACCAUGCCACGAAGAAUCUGACGGAACUGAUUGGCGCACUGGCCAUCAUCUGUUAUGGAAUGCCAUGGUUUCUUGCCAUCUUCCUUCCAUUUGGACUGAUUUACAUAAAAAUUCAGACAUACUAUGGGAAAACAUCUCGAGCCCUUAAGCGCAUCACCAAAACGACAAGUUCGCCAAUCUUUGCCCAUUUUUCCGAGUCGAUAACUGGACUCAUGACUAUCAGGGCAAUGCGGCAGAAAAAGAGGUUCGAAGAUGAAAACGCCGAUCGUCUUGAUUUGAAUCAACGCGCCCAGUACACCAGCCGCGCCGCUGCUCACUGGUUUUCGAUCAAUCUACAAUUUGUGGGAAUAACGAUGACAACAGGAGUUGCAUUUAUUGCCAUAUUUCAAAACAACAUGCAUGAUAUCGAUCCAGCUUUGGUAGGACUGGUUAUCUCAUACUCGAUGGCAAUCACGAAUUACCUCAAUGGAAUUGUCCACUGUUGUACAGAAGCGGAGAAAAAUAUGGUGAGCAUGGAGAGGGCCAAGCAAUAUAUGGAGGAUGUACCCAGUGAAAGGAUGCAUGGAAUCGUAAAGACGGAAGCAUCUUGGUUACGCCAUGGUGUAAUCGAGUUCAUUGAAGUGGCACUGCAGUACAGACCUGGCCUACCAAAUGCGCUGAAUGGUGUCUCUUUCAAGUUCGAAACUGCGGAGAAAAUUGGUAUAGUUGGCCGUACCGGGUCAGGCAAGUCGACUCUUUUCCUGGCGCUCUAUCGGUUGAUCGAGUUGGUCGGUGGCUGCAUUAAAAUUGAUGGCGUGGAUAUAUCGAAAAUGGGACUACAGGAGCUGAGGUCGCGCCUAGCAAUCAUUCCUCAGGACCCAUUCCUAUUCAGUGGGUCUGUGAGGGAAAAUCUCGAUCCGGCCGAGAUCUAUCAGGACGAGGCUCUUUGGGAGGCAUUGGAGAAAUGUCACAUGAAGUUACCCGUGGAACGCCUGGGUGGUUUGGACGCUGAUGUGGCGGAGAAAGGCAAACACUUCUCUGUCGGACAGCGGCAGUUGCUUUGUCUGGCCAGGGCAUUGUUGGCAGAGGCCAAGAUUCUGUGUAUGGAUGAAGCUACAGCCAGUGUUGACCAGGAGACGGACCAGCUCAUCCAGCGGACGAUCAAGGCAGCCUUCUCCGACAAGACCGUACUGACCAUAGCUCAUAGGAUAAACACAGUAUUGGAGAGCAAUCGUGUUCUAGUCAUGGAUAGCGGGAGAGUGGCCGAGUUCGCCGCCCCAGAGAUACUGCUUCAGAAUCCUGAAUCUAUAUUCUCUGGUUUAGUGAGAAACAGUGGAUUAUAAUCAAGCAAACAUGUCAAAUGAAAUGUUUGUCAAAACAGUGCCAUGAAGGGAGGGUACCAUUUCGCGAGUGGUCGCGGUUCUAAAGUUUAUAUUGUGGAUUAAACUGACGUUCAUGCGCGGAAGGGGACGUCUGGUGCACUGGCAUUGACUGGUACAGCUUGCUAGUCAUAUGACUACCACGUGACCUUGGACAUUGAAUGCUUGGUUGUAAUGGCGUACAUUGUAAUGUCUUUUAGAAUCUCUCGUUUUCUGUGUCAAGUAAUUUUUGUAGAAAAUAAAACUGCUAAUGUACGUAGAGCGAAGGAAAAUUAUAGUCCUUUCGUAAAUGGACUAGACAAUGUAUUUUCUGUAAAUGCAUAAUACCUCUAUGCAAACGUCUAAUUUUGUUGUUGUUGAUGGAUUAUUAAA